UUCUAUGGAUGACUUCAAUGACUUAACUUUGUCAUCUGAAACAAUUUCGGAGGAUUUCUACAUGCCUGACUGUCAUCAUAUGGCUUGCAUGUUGCUAACUGAACAGCAUGAUUCUGUCAGUCUAUUGAAAAUCCAGAAUGCGGUUCUUUCAUAUGAAAGAUUAAUAGAACAUAAAAAAGAUCACUGUGAACAACUUGAAAGAAAAAAUAAAAAAAUGGAAAAUAUGGCUCAGGGACUACAAAAGAAUCUAUCAAAAGCAAACGAAAUGAUAUCUAAGUUGGAGCUUCAAAAAAUAAAAUGGGAGGAUGAACUCUGCAGUUUGAGAUUUACUUUAAAACAAGAAAAACAAAAAAGAAUAAAUGCUGAAAUCUUAUUUGAAAAGAUUCAGGAGCAACUAACAAAAAGAGAAGAGAAGUAUAAGAAUGAAGUUGAAAUGAAACAAGAACUUGAAUUUAAUCUUAGAGCACUAGAUACGGAAUUGAAGACUCUAAGAAAUAAUUUCAAUCAGGUUUCUGUGAGACAACUUCAAGAAGAACUGGUCAAUACCCUAAAAAAACUAUCUAUGUCAGAGGCUUCACUGGAGGUGAAAUCACGUUGUUGUACGAAUUUAGAAGAUGAGGUAAAAGACUUAAAGGAAAAACUGGCUCAGAGUAAGAAUCAGGUUGAUGAUCUUACAGCAAAACUGGAAACUGUGUCUUCAAGAAACCAGGUUCUUAUUCGGGAAUUAUCAUCUAUGAAAGAAAUCCAAACAAAAUGUGAAAAACUAGAGAAGAAUAAAAAGAAGUUGGAACAACAAGUAGUAAACCUCAGAAUUUGUAUAGAAGUCAACAUGUUUGAAUAUAAUAAAAUAGAACAAUAUAAAGAGGAUUUUGAAGAAACUACAAGAUUGAAUGUAGCAGAAAAAUUAAAAGAAGUUGAUCUAUUUUUAGAGAUGCAAGUAGCAUUUCAAGAAACCUUAGCACAGAUAAGAGAAAAUAAUUAUGCUUCAGUAAGAAGUCAAAUGGAACUCAGAAUUAAAGAGCUGGAAUUUGAAUUAUCCAAAAUGAAAAAUUCUCAAGACGUUACUAAAAUAGAAUUGGACAUAUACAAGCACCUCUACCUAGAAGAAGUAACACAUCAAAUGUCAUUGACAAAUGAACUGAACAAGACUAGUGCGGCCAAUAUGAGGCCAGCCCCAGAUCUGCCUUAUGGUAGAAAUGUUAAUAAUAAUAGUUCACUAUUCAAUAGAAAUGUUGCUGUAAGAGAAAACAUGGUGACUCGAACCUCAAACUCAAGGCGUUCAAGUAAUGACAUUGAUACUUACAUCACCAAGGUGCAGCAGGAGUUGGAAGAAACUAUAGCUAGAGCAGCAAAGGAAGCGGCUGCUGAAUUUAAAUCAGGCUUAUCUGGUGAGGCCACCUCUUUUGAAUCUACUUUUGCAAGACAUACAGAUUGUGAUGACGUAAUGAAAACAUACAGAGAGAACUCAGAGUUUCUGAAGCAAAAGGAUAGCAUCUGAAAGAUAAAUAGUAAAAAUUUAUUUACUUGAUGUUUACACAACAUUUUAAUUGCUUCCUAUGAAAUGUUUGAUAUGCAAAAAUCUUGAUUAAAAGAAAAUAUU